AUUCCCCAAUACGGUUCCCGUUCAAGUAAGGGGCCUUUUUAUCCUCUCUCUGAACUUUGGACGGUCCGUCCAAAACCCUAAGCCUAGCCAUCUCCGGCCCUCUCUCUCUCCCUUGCACGAGCCAUGGGGUUGCUAUCCUGGUGGAAGGGAAAGGGCGCGCCGUCGCCUGCACCGCCACCGGCGGCGAAGGGCGACGCGAGGGUCCCCGGCAGCAGGAAACCGACGGCACCGGCGGAGGAGGCCCCCGGGAUGAACGGGGCGGUGGAGGUGCGGCGUCCGUUGGACGUGACGGUGUUCGAGUUUGGUUCGGCGUCGGCCUCCGGCGACAACGUGACGCUGGCCGGGUACUGCCCGGUCUCCGACGAGCUCGAGCCCUGUCGGUGGGAGAUCAUCCCGGCCGCCGGGUCCGACGCCCCUCAGUUCCGGAUAGUCUUCUGAUUGUUGGUACAUCUUGAAAAAGGACUCAGAAUUCUAUCUCUUUUUUAAUGGAAAAAGAAUGUGAAAUUUUAAGAUUACUGACGAUGAUUUGUGCAUAAGGAUACGUAGUUUGUGGGUCAAAUUGUUAGGGUUUCCUUCUUUGGUGAUGCGAAAUUCGAUUUUGGCUUGAUUUUUAUUAAAUCUUUCUUAACUGAUGGACCAAUUUCUUGAAAAUAUGAAACUUUGCGUUGUUCGACUUAA